CCAAGGGCCAAGGUCAUUAGUAAUAUGGUAUACAUAAAGCGAGCACUUCGUUAUAAAGGUUUGCUAAGAAAUCCUCUCAUAACAUAUUUACAUCAUCUUUUGGAAAAGGAAGGGAUCGAAAAUUGACAAUCCUCAUGGCUUCUGAUUCUCACAAACACUUUUUAUAGUUCUCCCUCUAUAUCGGAGUGGCUAAAAACUAAAAAGGUAGUUGAAGAAGAAAUUAUAUGUCACACCUACUCAUUCGACUAUUUGCAAAUCUACAAUCGAAAAAUUUGAUCAUAUAUGGAUUUCACUUCAGCUCCUAAUUUUCUUUUGUCAUCAAAUAUUAGCUCAGCUCCAAUCAUUUCAGUUAAGUUCAAUAAAUGUGAACAUAUCCUUAACGAAUACUGUAUAUGUUAAAUUAAACCAUACAAGUACAUUUUUUCCUAUCAAGUACAUAAUACUUGCAAUUUUCCAUUAUAUAGCCCAUGACCAAAAAAUGCCUUUUUAAUAAAAAAAAAAAAAAAAAUCCCAUAAUUAAAAACAUUCAAAAUUCAAAUGUUGUUCACUCUUCUUCGACCUCAACUCUCUUCUUCUUCCCUCCCUCAUCUUCUUCAAAUUCAACCCACCAAAAACCCUAACAAAACCCUUAAAAUCCCUAAUCUCAAAUUCAAAUUGCUCUUUCCUUUUUCAUCAAUCAUGUCUUCUUCAUCUUCUUGGGCUUGCUCUAAAUGCACUUUUCUCAACCCAUCUUCCCAAAAAUCAAACUGCCAAAUUUGCCAAACCCCAUUUUCUCUCUCCUCUUCUUCAUCACCCUCCAAAUGGGCUUGUAAAGCUUGCACCUUUCUCAAUUCUUACAGUCUUUCAAAUUGUGAAAUUUGCGACACUCGAUCCAAUUUACAACAAUUGGAUUCUAUUGACCCGGAUGAUGAUGAUCUUUCCGGAGUUUCUUCUGUGGGUUCAGUGUUUUUUCCAUUGCGCCGUUGUAAUUCGGGUCGGGUUCAAGAACCGGAUGAUUUGGGUAUUAAAGAAAACGGUCAAUCUCAAAUGGGUGUUGCUCAAUUUGCUGAUCAAGUUGUUCAUUUGGGUGGGCUUCGGAAUUCGGGUUCUAAUAAGCGUAAAUUUCAUGACCUAGGUUCUGAUAACGCUGAUGCCGUCAGUUGUCUUACUACAAAGAAAGAAGAAAAGACUGUUGCAACUAAGAGUUCAGAGUUGGCAAAGAUUGCUGACAGUGCUGUGGGCAAUGUCUCAUUCAAGAGGAAACUCUGUGAUUUAGGUGGUUUUAUUGAGAAACCCAUCAUAUUAGAUGGCUUUCGCGGAGUUAAAUCUUCCAGGAAGAUUGUUUCAGUUGAAGAUUCUGAAAAUGGCUUUGACUUAGCGAAGGUUGGAAAGGCCAAAGCAGGUACUUCAGAUUCCAAGGAAAUAGCUGAAGAUACUGAAAUUGAGGAAGUUUCAGGUGUGAUAAAGAUCCUUUCUUACAAUGUGUGGUUCAAAGAAGAAUUAGAGGUGCAUAAAAGGAUGCAAGCAAUUGGUGACCUUAUUGAGCUACACUCUCCAGAUGUUAUUUGUUUUCAGGAGGUCACUCCCAAUAUCUAUGACAUUUUUCGAACUUCUGCGUGGUGGAAGAAGUAUCAGUGUUCUGUCACCUAUGAAAGGGCAUCCUCUGAGAUGUACUAUUGCAUUCAGUUGGCCAAACUUCCUGUAAAAUCAUUCCGCUGUAAACCAUUUAGUAACUCACAAAUGUGCAGAGAUUUGGGUGUAGCUGAAAUCGUAGUGAAUCAGAACAAGUCGCUGGUGGUUGCUACUAGCCAUCUUGAGAGUCCUACCCCAGGACCCCCAACAUGGGAUCAAAUGAACAGUAAGGAAAGGGUUGAACAGGCAAAGGAGGCCAUAAACCAGCUUAAAAGACAUCCGAAUGUCAUAUUCUGUGGUGAUAUGAACUGGGAUGAUAAUCUUGAUGGCAAAUUUCCAUAUUUGGAAGGAUGGUUUGAUGCUUGGGAGAGGCUGAGACCUGCUGAGAUGGGAUGGACAUACGAUACUAAGUCCAACAAUAUGUUGUCUGGAAACCGUAAAUUGCAAAAACGGCUUGACAGAUUUAUUUGCCACUUGACUGAUUUUAAGAUCAUCAGCAUAGAUAUGAUUGGAACUGAGGCAAUACCAGGUGUGACAUUCAGCAAACAGAAGAAACUGAAGAACAGGAUUCAAGAAUUGAUUCUUCCAGUUUUUCCUAGUGAUCACUUUGGUUUACUUUUGACCAUUACUUGCAGUUAAGUAGUACGAUGGCCAAAAUUUUGUAUAGGACAGCAGGGUUAUAUCUUACUACGCCAAUUUUUCCCUUUCUCCAUGAAUGUUGGCGUUGCUUAGGCAGCUUUUUUGUAUAGCCGGAAUGGAUGCAUUUUUGCAGAGAUUUGUGCUCUGAGAUCUUGUACAUGAAUCUUCAGAGAGAUUAAAAUGAAUGAUUUUAAUUUUUUUCAA